GUGUGAAAUGUAAUAGUUGGGGUGGCAAAUCGAGCUCUCCUGAUUUCAUUUCAGUGAACAAAAAGCCUAACCUGACGUUAGUUAAAACUUUGAACAGCUUGUGAAUGAAGCUGUGACGCUGUGUUUGCUCCAGGUCUGGUUUUGGAUUAAACAAAGCCCUGAAAUCCUCACAUACAUACACGAAUCAUCUUCCUUUGUUUUCUUUCCCUUCAUUCAGCUCACUCACUUGUUCUUCAAGUUAGCCAAAACCAUGCCUCCCUCAACCUCUUUGACUUUGCAGCCCUCAGAAUCCGCUACAUCUCCAUUAUUCUACUUCUUUUGCCGUCCUCUCCCACCUGGAUUCUCGCAUCCUCACCAUCACCAUUCGUUGACCACACCGCAUUUUCAAUUUCCCUUUUUCCCUUUGCGUGUUCUGAAAAAAGGUGGAAGGCGCGGUUAAUACACUUACUUACAUGGGAGUUUUUAAGUUUUUCUGAGUUUAUAUUCAUUUGGGUAUCCGCCAUUUGGUUCAAGGUUCCAUCUUUGUGAAUGAUCUCGCUGUGGACAUUGCAACUAGUUCGAGUUUUCAUUUGGGUAUCAGGAGCAUAAUUAAUUGAUCAUAUGUCAUCUGAUUUCAAGUUAGACAUUGCUACUCAGCAUGACACGGAAGAACCACUGUUAAGCACCGCCUUAACUUCAAAACGGUCACAAGAUGAAAAGACUAAUGUCGUGCACACAAUUUUCAAUGGAAUUCGCGAGCAAGGAAAGUUAUCAAUGAGCAACUUUGCAACAAACGCAGAACGUAGAUCUUUGAGUGAUAGAUUUCUUAAAACAAAUAAAGCUACAGUUGGGGAUGAUGCCAGUUUUCAUGUAAAUGGGGAGGAAAGGCAUCGUUUGCACGGAUCAGCUAACAAGAAAUCUGGACCACUUAUCUCUGGAACAGCUUACUGUAUUUCCUCUUGCUGCAUGAUAAUGCUGAACAAAAUUGUUUUAUCAAGUUAUAACUUCAAUGCAGGAAUAUCAUUGAUGUUUUAUCAAAACUUGAUCAGUACUCUGGUGGUGGUUUUAUUGGCCCUCUGUGGCAGAGUUUCAGUUGAAAAGCUCAAUUGGAGGCUGGUCAGGGCCUGGAUCCCUGUAAAUGUGAUAUUUAUUGGCAUGCUUGUUUCAGGCAUGUAUAGUUUGAAAUACAUAAACAUUGCAAUGGUGACAAUUCUCAAGAAUGUGACAAAUAUUUUAACAGCAGUUGGAGAAUUAUAUUUAUUUCGGAAACGUCAGAAUUCCAAAGUGUGGACUGCUAUGUUUCUGAUGAUUAUCUCUGCUGUCGGUGGCGGGUUUACAGAUCUCUCCUUCGAUGCAGUUGGUUAUUCCUGGCAAAUUGGCAAUUGUGUCCUUACUGCAAGUUAUUCUCUUACCCUUAGGUGGGUUAUGGACGAAGCAAAAAAGUCAACAAAAUCUGGAUCCCUUAAUGAAGUGUCAAUGGUUUUGCUGAACAACUUAUUGUCUUUACCUUUUGCCAUCAUCUUGAUCUUCCUUUUCAGAGAGUGGGAUUAUGUAAUACACGCCGACGUAGUUAAACUGCCAAUGUUUUGGGUCUUUGCAACAGCUAGUGGACUUCUUGGACUUUCUAUCAGCUUUACCUCAAUGUGGUUCUUACAUCAAACAGGCCCUACAACAUACAGUCUUGUAGGUUCAUUAAACAAGAUUCCAAUCUCUGUUGCUGGCAUUCUAGUGUUCAAUGUGCCUGUCAGCGUAUCCAAUUUGUUCAGCAUUUUGUUUGGUCUCUUUGCUGGUAUAUUCUUUGCAAGAGCCAAAAUGUCCUCUUGAUCUAGAAGCAGUCUUAAUAAUAACCAAUAAAGUGAGAGGACCUAUACAUAUAUAAGAUUCAUAUAGGUUCUUGUUUGAACAGUGCAAAUUCAACUCUUAAUGUAAGUGCUGAACCUCAUGUGUUAGAAUAGGCAUCUGAUACACCUGCAAGGGUCAACUAUUGAAGUUUUCUUGCUUUCAGUAUUGGAACUUGUAAACAGAGUCAGAGAUUGUUCCGGUGAUGAAUAUCAACCUUCUGCGGAGUUUUAUGUUAUACUUUUUUUGUAUGUUUUUAUUAUAUUUGUAGUUUUGUACUAGACACAGGAAUUAUAAUGUUGGAUAUAUGUAGUACUUGAAUAUAUUUUUUGGACUAAAAUGUAAUGAUGGUGUGAUGUUAUUCUUUGACAAACACAAAACAUAAAAAACGUAUUCUGUAACAAAUGAUCCACUGCCCAUCAUUUUAAAGCACCA